CAGGCCUGCAUUUGCCAAGCUUUAGGAUGCUAAAUACCUGCUUGCACCGAUGUGAAGUCAAAGAUUUUGUGGUUCCUAGCAUGCGAUUAAUUGAACGCGAAAAGGUAUAAAGGUUAGAAAUUCUUGAGUCCAAGAUAUCAUAGCCCUUUGGAAUCUUACGUCCUUUGGUCUCUCCGCGCAAUGGUCAAUCUUUGCGCUCUCUCAGCUGUUGUACUCCUCGCUGUCACUACUGUCGUUGCGCAUCCGACUGCUCCUUUGAGCGAGUUGGAGAUCGCACGACGUGCUGACUUCCAGAACUUUGCGCACCGUUCGCUUGAUAACUGUCAGGAUGUUCUUCGUCGUCGCGGACACACGGAGCGCUCUGCUGCUCGUCGCAGGGCUCUUGCCGAUGACCUACGCCGCAAACGGGGACUUCCAACUAGCAGCGUUUACAAGCGUCUCGAUCUCGACAAUGUUUUGAACACUGACCACGAGUCCGACGAGAACUAUAGUGCUGAUUCGGAUCCCUUUGGUGGAACUGGAUCCUGCACUCUUGUCUCGGAGUCCACCCAGGGACCGUACUACGUUGACGGCGAAUACGUUCGCUCGGACAUCACUGAAGACCAGGCCGGUAUCUACAGCUACGUUGAUGUCGAGCUAAUUGAUUACUCCACUUGUGAGCCUGUUGCCGAUGUUUACAUCGACUUCUGGCACUGUAACGCUACUGGCGUCUACUCUGGUGUUGUCGCUGGAGGUAAUGGUAAUCAGAAUGAUGAGUCCAAUCUGGACAAGACUUUCCUCCGUGGGAUCCAGGCGACCAACUCAGAAGGUUACGCCCAAUUCGAGACUAUUUUCCCAGGUCACUAUACGAGUCGUGCUAACCAUAUCCAUAUUAUUGCCCACGGUGAUGGUACUGUCUUCUCUAAUGGAACUUUCAAGACAAGUAGCGACCGUCAUGUCGGCCAACUCUUUUUCGACCAAUCGUUGAUCACUGUUGUCGAGAACACCUCUCCUUACACCAGCAAUACUCAACAGCUCACCGAAAAUGAGGAUGACUCUAUCUUGGUCAACACUGUAACUGGCACAAACGGCGUCGACCCCAUCCUCGAGUACGUUUACCUUGGUAACAGCAUCUCUGAUGGGCUCCUUCUCUGGGGAUCUAUGGGUAUUGAUUUGUCUGCGAGUUAUUCGGUUUCAUCGGCGGCCACGCUUAUUGAGGAUGGCGGGGUGGAAAAUGGAAGUUCUGGAGGAGGAGGAAGUGCCCCUGGCGGCGGACCUGGAGGGGGAGGACCGCCCUAA